AAAGGACUAGUUAAUCAUUUCAGGAGGGAUAGAAGACUUUUAUGGGUUCAGGUCACAUUUCGGGUUGUGCCUUUAAAGAUCAUUUGUGAUGGGUGGGAUGACUUUGACAAAACUAAAGCACUGUUUCUUUGUCAUUUUCAUUUACGUCUGCUCCACUCUGCGCGCAUAGCAACCACCACCUACAACAUGACCGACUAUGAGACUGCAACCGCUUUCAUCGGGGAAUGGGGACCUUUCCAGCAGCAGUUGUUUUAUCUCCUCGGUCUAAGCAUCAUCCCUAACGGUUUAACCGCCUUGUCCAUCGUGUUCUUUGCCGACACGCCGCCUCACCGCUGCCUCAUUCCCGAGCACAUCAACCUCACCGCCGCAUGGAGGAACAGCAGCAUCCCGCUGGUGGUAGACACCAACAGCGGCGAUUGGGUACCCAGCAAAUGCUCCAGAUACAAACUUGAAGAUGUAGUGAGUUUCUCGGACAGAGGCUUGCUGCCCGGGGCUGAUGUUAACCUGUCUAAUGUGGCAACAGAAGGCUGCUUGCAUGGGUGGGAGUACGACCGGAGUGUGUACACUUCUACCAUCACUACUGAGUGGGACCUGGUGUGUGAUGACAGGUGGAAGAACCCAUUGACCUCUUCUCUCUUCUUCUGUGGAGUUCUCACUGGCUCCUUUGUUUCGGGACAGCUGUCUGACAGGUAUGGGAGAAAAAAAGUGUUACUUGCUACCAUGGCACUCCACACACUGGUUAUGUUAAUCCAGGUCUUCUCUCAAUCCUGGACCAUGUUCUGCGCACUCUACUUUGUUGUCGGGUUGGCACAGAUCUCCAAUUAUGUGGCUGCAUUUGUGCUAGGAACAGAGAUAUUAGGCCCACGUGUUCGGACAAUUUUCUCCACUGCGGGUGUGUGUCUUUUCUUUGGUGCGGGCUACAUGCUGUUGCCACUGUUUGCUUUCUUCAUCCGAGACUGGAGGAUGCUUCUCCUAGGCCUUACUGUGCCUGGCUUUCUCUAUGUGCCUUUCUGGUGGCUCAUCCCAGAGUCUCCUCGGUGGCUGCUUUCACAGGGAAGAAUAAAAGAGGCUGAGGCCAUAAUUAGAGAUGCUGCUAAGAGGAACAACAUCGAGCCCCCAUCAGUCAUCUUUAGUCCUUUGCAGACAGAACUUCAAUCUGAGAAGAGGAAGGCACACAACAUCUGUGACCUGCUUCGUUCUCGAAACAUCCGCUGGAUCUCUAUCACGCUGUGGUUGGUCUGGAACUCCCUGACCAUUGCCUACUUUGCCCUUUCCCUGAACACCGCAAACCUUCACGGCAACCGGUACUUCAACUGUUUCCUGUCGGCUGUGGUAGAGAUGCCAGCCUACACAUUGUCAUGGGUUAUGUUUCGCUGGUGGUCCAGACGACUGUGUCUUUUCUCAUCACUCUUCAUGGGAGGAUUGUUUCUAUUUUUUAUACAGCUCAUACCAGCAAACCUGGUUUAUCUAGCCAUAACACUCGAGAUGAUGGGAAAGUUUGCAGUGACGACAGCCUUUUCUAUCGUGUACGCAUACACAGCUGAACUCUUUCCAACCGUACUGAGAAAUACUGCUGUGGGAACCUGCUCUAUGGCUUCCAGAGUAGGCAGCAUCAUUGCCCCAUACUUCAUUUACUUAAGAAGCUAUUCCAUUUCACUGCCUUACAUCCUCAUGGGAUGCCUUACAGUUCUGUCUGGGUUGCUAAGUCUCCUGCUGCCGGAGAGCUAUGGAAUGCCUCUGCCUGACACCAUCAGUCACAUGCAACGCUUCCCUGGAUGUUGUAAGAAGAAACCUUAUGCACUCGCACACACUGAGGAAAAGGAAAUCGCUGCUGAAAUGUCUGAUGAAAAGUCUCUGGCUGUCUCCUGAAAAAGGAUAAAUGGACAAACAUCAUGUCGGUCCAUGUUGUCAGUUUUGCUUUGCGGCAUGAAACUUAAAUGAAACGGGAACAAGGAACAUGACAGUUAUUCAAAUAAUAUAAUGGUGCCUUCAAAACUGCAGUAAUGUCAAAGUGUCAUAAUAAAAUUAAUUAAGUUCUGUGAAAAUAUCAAGUGGAGUACACGUAAAACAAUUUGUUGUGUUCAAUGUUCUAUUACUGAUUUAAUAUAGUCACACUUUGGGUUUUACAGCACCUUUAGCUUUACACUGAUAUUUUGUGUACAUCUUUCAGGUUCAUGUGCACUAAAAUUAUGGUAUGUUCAACUACAUGUUUGCUCUGUGUAAGUAAAGCAAUUUCACUCCCUAUGAAAAGGUCAUGUAAUGUCAUUAAAUGUACUUGUAUUGAUUGCCAUUUAUAGGAAAUUUGAAAAGUAAGAAAGGUAAUAGUAGGAAUAAGACAACAUUUAUUAACAACUCAUUCAUUAAGUCAUGCUUCAGACAAUCAGAGUUGACUUUUGGAAAGCACCACAGGGUUUGAAUAUUCUUUUUGAGUGAUGAAUGACACUUGCUGUUAGGACUCUAGACAAACAAAUGAACUGACCAUGAACUGGGACAUUCACUGUAAAGGGUUAGGUUUUUUUUCACGUCUCUCAGAGUGAUGAUGAUGUUUUAAUGAUACUUACUAAACAAACCAAGCACAUUAGACAGAGCUUAACAUGCAAGAUAAAAGUAUGAGCAAAAUAAACAAGAAAAAAGAAAGAAAACUAAAAAGAAAUGAAAUGAAAGAAAGGUACAAUGAUUAAGAACAGUUAAAGUGAAAUUAGUAGAUAUGCAAGUACGCAGAAUUUAAAUUUCAUUCUCUUUCUUACACAUAAAUGUAUAAUAAUACCCUGAGUAAACACUUUAUUAAGGUAUUCCUAUGCAAUCCAGUAUAAUAGUACUGCAAAUUGUUAUCCAGAGCACUACUCAUCACCAGAACAAGUAAUCACAUUAUCUACUGUGUUACUGGUUAACAUUCGCCCCCAUGUGCUUCACUUGGAGGUUUGGGCCCAAGUAGUAGGAGUUCCUAAUUCAGUGUAUGCCUGCCAAUUGUGUUUGUUGAAUGCACAACCAAGCAGGAAGUUCUCCCCCUGCACCACCCAUUCCCCCUACUCUGGUUUUUCAAAUACACAGUAUAAAUGAGCAACUGUUAAUGUUUGGUGACUGAAAUGCUCAGACAGGAUACUCACGACAGCAGACUUAUAAUGGCAGCUGUCCCCAGGAUGCAUCAAACCUCAGUAUCUCCACGUUUCUUCACUCAUGAAACUCUGGGAAGAACUUGCUCCUGUAUCAUAAAGAGAAACAGAAAGGUUCAGGUAGGAUCACAAAAAAAAGGUGCAUGCCAUUUCUAACAUUUCUCUAAUGCACGAGCCUAGUUAUUAUUUCUGUCUCCUGAUGAGAGCAAAAUCAUUCAAUCAAAAACGUCUAUAGCACACAGCAAGGUAAAACUAAAUGAAAACAAAGGUUUUCUUGUUAUGAGUACAACCUGCCACCAGGGGGGGAACUAUUUCAGGGCUGGCAAGAAGAUACAAAACUACAGAGAUUUCCAGUCCAGUUAAAUAGUAAGCAAAGAGAUGCAGCCAUAGACAUAUAUACAUAGACA